UUCCCGGCUUCUGAGGCGGGCGCGGUUCUGCGGUGCUGGGCCCGCGAGGCCCAAGCAUGGCCUCUCCGCCGCCGGCCGCUCUCUUUUUGGGCCUCCUCCUUCUGCAGGGCGACCUGAGGCCUCUGUGGGGGGACCUGGUUUUCGUCCCUUCUUUCAUCCGAAUGUCGGGCCCUGCGGUCAGCGCGUUCCUAGUCGUCGGAGACACCGAGAAUGUGACUGUGACCCUGGCCGUGCUGCAUGACGAGGCGGGAGUCUUGCCGGUUCCAACUUGUGUCGGGCUGACCACUGAGGCAGAAAACUGGAGUGUGACAGUGACCCCCAGUGCAGUAAGGCCACAGGAUGUGCUGGAAGUGACAGUAAGGUUGAUGAAUGGUCUGGAAUGGUGUUCCUCUAAUGAGACAGAUUCUGUCUCCGAGUCCCCGUGUCUCCUCCAAACUCUUCUGGUUUCAGCGUCUCGCAGUUCGUCCUGUUUGGCACAUCUACUCAUCCAGGUGGAAAUGUACGCCAACUCUUCUCUGACCCGUAACGCCUCAGAGAACGUGACUGUUAUUCCUAACCAGGUGUAUCAGCCUCUUGGUCCUUGUCCUUGUAAUUUAACAGCUGGGGCCUGUGAUGUUCGCUGCUGCUGUGACCAGGAAUGCUCCUCCGAGUUAACAGAGCUGUUCCGGCGGUCCUGUUUCCCCGGCGUGUUUGGAGGAGAUGUCAACCCUCUGUUUGAUCAGCUCUGUUCCGCCGGGAGGACGCGCCCCGUCCCGGAGUGGUUUCCCCUCCUGUGCGUGCAGUCGUCCCUUGCCAACACGCCCUUCCUCGGUUACUUCUACCACGGUUCCGUUUCCCCUAGGCAGGACUCCUCCUUUGAAGGAUAUUUGCAUAUUGAUCCAAAAGACUUUUCAGACUUUGGUUACAAACAAGGAGACCCAAUUAUGACUGUAGAUAAGGCAUAUUUUACUAUCCCACAGGUGUCUCUGGCUGGGCAGUGUGUGCAGAAGGCCCCCGUGGCAUUUCUUCAGAAUUUUGAUGUUAAAUGCAUUACUGAUUUGGAAAUACACCAAGAACAAGAUGGUGUUCUCGAUGUGAAGAUAAAGAGUGGCGCUAUGGAAAGACGCAUAGUUAUACCAGAAGUAAUCUAUGAGGCAAGAACUGACCUAGACAAAUUCAUCACCAAUGCAGAAAUUCUUUUAAAUAAUGGAUCAGCCUCCAAACGUGUGAAUGUGGAAGAACAUUACAUUUUCAUAUGGAAUAAUAAGACAAUCCAUGGAAUAAAUGUCAAAAUUAUUUGGGCAGAAAUUAAUGCCCACCAGAAAGGAAUAAUGACACAGAGAUUUACAGUAAAAUUCUUAGGCUAUAACAGUGGUAAUGAAGAGGAAACAUCUGGAAAUCCAGGUUACCAACUUGGCAAGCCUGUCCGAGUCCUAAAUGCCAAUGGAACGAAUAAUGACACAACUUUUCACCUUUGGCAGUCAGCUGGAAGGGGUUUGUGUACAUCAGCAACUUUCAGACCCAUUUUAUUUGGAGAAAAUGCACUAUCGGGGUGCUUACUAGAAGUUGGGAUUAAUGAAAACUGUACUCAGCUCAGGGAGAAAGCUGUUGAAAGACUUGGUUCAUUAAUAAAAGCGACUCAUGUUGCAAUGAGAGGCAACUCCAAUUACAGUGACCUUGGUGAUGGCUGGCUCGAGAUAAUACAUGUAGAUGCCCCUGAUACAGGGGCAGACCUGCCUGUUAGCAGCGUGAACGGCAUCUGUCCGGAUGUUCCUGCUCAGCUGCAUAUCCGCAUCCUCGUCUCGGACGCUGGCUUGGUGGAAGGGAUUACUCAGCAGGAGAUACUUGGCGUAGAGACAAGGUUCUCCUCGGUGCACUGGCAGUACCAGUGUGGGCUUGCCUGUGAGAACAAGACCGACCUUUUCCCUAUCGGCGCGUCAGUCCAGUUUAUUAAAGUACCUGCACAGCUACCCCGCCCCCUGACAAGAUUCCAGGUCAAUUUUACAGAGUAUGACUGUAACAGAAAUGAGGUGUGUUGGCCGCAACUUCUGUAUCCAUUGACCCAGUAUUAUCAAGGGGAGCCGUAUCCUCAGCGUGUUGCCAAAGGCUUACUGUUGGUAUUGUGCCUCAUGCUGGCUGUGCUCCUCAGCAACCCCUGGAUCAGAAUGUUCCAAGCUUGGAGUCUGACUUCUUAGAGGCUAUAGACCCUUACUUCUGUGAUUUGGUAUAGUCCUAUGUGCCUCUUUGUAAAAUUUUAAUAAAUGAAAGUUUUUUUUU